AUGAAUAAUAUUCACAAUAUCAUUAUUUUGUGUUUUCAGAUAAUUCCAUGUUAUGAUUCCGAAUUAAAUGUUGUUCCUGUAGCGCACUGCUUCGGUCCCGCCGGUCAGAAGAAGAGGUUCUGCUGUGUUUGCCGGAAGCAUCUGGAAGGCAGUUCGGCUCAGCGCUGUGAAGUGUGUGAGCUGCAUGUGCACAGCGACUGUGCCCCGUUCAGCGUUAGCGACUGUCGUUUCUGCCACCAAGAUGGAGGGCAAGACAUUGACACGUACCAGCACCACUGGCGGGAGGGGAACAUGUCCUCAGGUGCCCGCUGUGAGGUCUGUCGUCGCACCUGCAGUUCUUCGGAUAUCCUGGCUGGCAUGAGAUGCGAAUGGUGUGGCAUUACGGCACAUGCGUCAUGUUACAUUAUCAUCCCCCCAGAGUGCAGCAUGGGACGGUUGCAGAACAUGAUUCUUCACCCCAGCUGCGUGCGGAUCUGCUCACGGAACUUCAGCAAGAUGCACUGUUACAGAAUCUCAGAAAAUUCCCACCACAGCGAGAUGGAUAACCUGGAUGAUGUGGAUACUCCGAGUCCAGUAACUUCUAAGGAAACUCCGCCUACGGGAUCACCUGACACAGGUAAACAGACGCUGAAAGUUUUCGAUGGUGACGAUGCAGCUAAGCGGAAUCAGUUUCGUUUGGUUUCAAUCCCUCGAAUAAUCAAGAAUGAGGAAGUAGUGGAAGCAUCCCUCAGAGCGUUCUACAUCCCAGAUGAACCGCAGGAUUACGAGCUACAGAGUUACAGCCAACAGGGACUGUUUACAGAUGACAUCGUCAACCGUAAUGGCACGCCGGACAGCAAGCCCAUAUUUAAGGAUACCGUGUCUGAUUCCUGGGUGCUCAGAUCAAAACCUAAAGAAACGGAAGUGGUGAAGAUUUAUUCCAGCUCGCGCAAGGUUGAAGUCACCUCAGUUACUGCUGGGAAAAGCAGCACAGUAGACUCAAUCUUAAAGGAAGUGCUCCUACGAAUAGAAAAACAGAAUGAAAACCCUGCUGACUUCAACCUUGUAGAAGUUUUCAUGAGCAGCAAACAAGUGCAACGGCAAGUCCUCAGCGGUCAGGAGAUUUUACUGGAAAAACUGCAGGAGAUACGGAAGACAUCGUUGCGACAGAUGAACCAGACACGGUUUUACAUUGAGGAAAGCAGGAAUCGAGUGGCACAAGUCAAUCUGCUCUUGGGAGGCUUUCCGACACAGCUUGAAAAAGAGGAAUACACACACCUGCUAUCCGAACACCUCUCAGUCAAAAGUCAUUUGGUCACCAUCACUCACGUGUACUCUGAACAAGGUGCUGUGGUUCUGCAGAUCAGCUGUUUCUCAGAGGCGGAGAGGAUUUACAUGCUGGCCAAAGACACCAGCAUAAGUGGCAAACAGCUCUACUCACUUGUCAUACCUGAGAUCAUGCAGAGCAAGCUGGUCAAAGGAAGUUGCCCCUUGCUAGUCUUUGUCAACCCUAAAAGUGGUGGAUUAAAGGGCAGAGAGAUCUUAUACAGUUUCCGAAAACUUCUAAACCCUCACCAAGUGUUCGAGCUGACCAGCGGAGGACCACUUCCUGGGCUGCACACGUUCAGGGAAGUCCCUCACUUUCGGAUCCUGGUGUGUGGAGGAGACGGCACAGUGGGAUGGGUGCUGGGGGUUCUGGAGUCCAUCCGGCACAAAAUCGCCUGUCCUGAGCCAGCGAUCGGCAUCAUCCCACUGGGCACUGGAAACGAUCUGGCUCGGGUAUUGCGAUGGGGGGCGGGAUACAGCGGCGAGGACCCCUACAAUAUCCUGCUGUCUGUGGAUGAGGCAGAGGAAGUGCAAAUGGACCGCUGGACAAUUCUUCUGGACGCACAGGAAAUGACAGAGGAUGGCAAAGAGAAUGGCUUCCUAGAGCCACCCAAGAUUGUGCACAUGAAUAAUUAUUUUGGACUGGGAAUUGAUGCUGAGCUGAGUCUGGACUUUCAUCAUGCACGUGAGGUGGACCCAGACAAGUUUAAUAGCAGGUUCCACAAUAAAGGUGUGUAUGUAAAGGUGGGCCUGCAGAAGUUGAGUCACACACGAAACCUUCAUAAAGACAUCAGAAUGCAAGUGGACAAACACGACGUGGAACUGCCCAGUAUAGAGGGACUGAUAUUCCUCAAUAUUCCCAGCUGGGGUUCUGGCGCUGACCUGUGGGGCUCAGACAGCGAGUCUCGGUUUGGGCGGCCAAGGAUAGAUGAUGGGAUGCUGGAGGUGGUGGGAGUUACUGGUGUGGUGCACAUGGGUCAGGUUCAGAGUGGGAUGCGUUCUGGGAUUCGUAUCGCUCAGGGCAGCUACAUUCGUAUCACUGUGAACAAACCCAUUCCAGUGCAGGUGGAUGGAGAGCCCUGGAUACAAUCACCUGGACAGAUCAUCAUCUCAGCUGCUGGACCAAAGGUUUGCAUGCUGAGAAAGUCCAAGACCAAGCAGAAGAAACAAUCAGGCAGUUUGAAGGAAGGCCGUUCCGACAGUCCAGCUCCCAGUGAUGGUGGGCAGUGACAAACCGCACAAACAGUUCAUUGACAGCCCUUUACUGUUUCCUUGACAACUUUUCUUUUAGUCUGUCCUCUGUUCUUUGUUACAAUCUGGGUGGGAAAUCAACAUUACUUUAGCUGAACUAGAAUGUGUUACGUAUACAUCUCUAUCAUCUCAUAGUCUGUAGUGUCCAAACGCCCCGUCUGACGAUAGCACUGCAGUCUGUUUCUCAGGACUCUAGCUGCCCUCGGCCUGUUUUUGCCUUAGAUAUUAUUGUUGGUUUUGUUUUGAUUGCCAAACCGCAUCAUCUUUUCAACGGGAAUAUUGUCUUAAAGUAGUCCAUCACUGAAAUGCUAUGGCACCAAUAUUUAAUCACAUUGCGCUCAUCACAAAUGCCAAAAAAUACCGUUUUGUGAACAUCGCCAAGUUAUUAUCAAGUUUGCCAAGUUUGUAUGUGACGAUGGCCUUUUUGGUUUAUGGUACAUACUGUGACUCACCUGAUCAUUUUUCGUCUUUAUAAUGAUUAAUGUCUUACUUGAGGUUUAUUUGCAAUAGGGCUGUCAAAAUGGCUGAA